AUGCCUCCUAGAAAACGCGAAAACGAUGCAGACACCAAUAGCGCUGCAGCAACAACAGCUCCUGCGAAGCGCCAACGAGUCUCCCUCGCAUGUGAUUCCUGUCGCACAGCCAGAGAGAAAUGCGACGGCGCUCGCCCUCACUGUGGAACAUGCUCUGCACAGAACAGAUCAUGCUCGUAUACCCCUGCGUCUCGCAAGAGAGGUGUGCAGACGGGUUACCUGCGAACCAUUGAGCUAUCGCUUGCCUGGCUUUUCGAUCAAGUCCCCGGCAGUGAGGGAGCUCUACUUCAUCUACUUACGCAAAAUGACGGAGCAGACGGCACCCGUGUUCUUGCAACAAAGGACAAAGCAGGCCAUCGCCUCUAUCGACGGUGGACUAAGAGUAGGGUUCAUAAAGCUAUUGGCAGACUCCUGUCCGAUGAGAAGACGGCACAGAACGAUACAUCUGCGGAAGACUCUGGAACGGAAGACAGCAGCCCGGUUGGUCCCAACCCGCUCGACGGCAACCCAUCCCCUGGACUAUCGAUCCAAUCAAUACAAGGCGUCAAUCCAUCACAAACGAACGCAACGAGCGCUUCUUACAGCUUUAAUGACACGGACAGAUCACAAAUACCUACCAAGCUGACACUACCUCCUCACUGGAGACGACUUGUCGAUAUCUACACCUCAUACACGCAUAGCUGGUUUCCAGUCCUCGAUCCCAGAAUCAUCACCAAUACAGCCUUGACUUAUCCUCCGGAGGGUCUCGUCAUCCCGGCAACCUCUUCAGCUCUACAUGCUCAACUUUGGGCUGUGUUUGCUGUGUCUUCUUUCCAAGAUGCGGCCUCUUCAGCGCCAUCUCGUCACAACGGAUAUUCAUCUGACCAAAUUUACUCAAUUGCUCGACGACUAAUUCCCUCUGACGACGAAUCUCUCGAAUUGGCUCAUAUCACUUCAAUCCUGCUGCAAUCCCUAGUUUUACUGGGCCAGACGAAGACCAUGUCAGCGUGGAUAUUGAUAGGUCGGGCCUCCCGUCUUGCACUCCAUAACUGGGCAACAACAGCGUCCCAUAUGUUCCCAAUCAAACAGGGCAGCGAGUUUUCUCUGAACCAUGACGAAGUUAGGGUUCUUACGGCGAGCCUCAUUCUGGAUACACUGGCUUCUCUUUGUCUCGGCCAAUCGCAAGUCACUUCAGGCGCUCGGCAUAGCUUGCACUCUGUGACAAUAGGCGAGAUGUUCGACACAAAUGAGACUUGGACUUCUGUUUCGGGUUUUGGCAAGGUGUCCGAUGAAGAAGAAUCAACGCCAGACUGUGCAUCGGCACUGCCAACGUUUCAGCAACUUUUCGCUUUCUGUAAACUGUGGGGGGGCAGCACGGAUGCAAAGUUGUAUGACGGUUCUAAUCCUCGACGAACUACUCCUGAGGACCUUGUUAGAAGUCUGGACGGCCGAUUCUCGUUCUGCAAUUCCCUUAUCUUUGGUGGUUCAACACCUAGAGUUCCAUCGGCAUAUCUGCUCCAAGGCAUGUUCUUGGCCAUCACACUGGACUUGGUACCCGGCCAUCGCCCAUCUCUCGUCUCUAAUUUCAUAGAGGUUGUAGAAUCUUGUAUGGAAAAUUUUGGGCUAGGUGGAACACCUCCAAUCAUAACAAUCUUGAUGCAAAUAGUGCAGCAACAUGGCCAUGUGAGCCGAAUGCAAGAACACGACCAGACCAAGUGGAACGCGACUAUGGAGACGCUCACAGAUAUCUGGAAACCCAAAGCCCAUGGGUUGGAUGCACCUAAAAACAAUCAGAACACACCGAGUUCAGUGGACCCCUCAGGCCGCUCAAUGAUUAGCCCGUCAUUCAUGGAUGAGUUAUCAGCCGCCUCUCAUCCAUCACAUCACACUGGCCAUCCAACCCCUAUCACGUCUGGGGAACUGGAACAUGAGCUUGGGCGAAUGCAACAGCGACAAAAGGAGCAACAAGUGUUAUCAUACGAACGACAAAGGUAUCAGGGUGACGAACGUAGCCCAGCUACCACACAAUCUAUAUACACACUUACACCCAACCUCACAUUUCACACCCUCCAUACUCCUUCUCUCGACGGCCAGAUAGGGUCGAUGUCUCAAAAUUCGAGUAUGCCAAGCCAGUUGCUGGAUUACGACGCUAUUCUGGAUGAACUUGGUUCCAUAGACUGCGCGGACGGUAUUGGGGUAGACCCACAGUUUAUGACAAACUUGGGGUUCGCACCAGGAUGCGAUCUGGGCGAGAUGUUUCAAGGCGACUUCGGGUCAUGA